CUAGCUGGGCAUGGAGUCCAAGAUUUGGGGGGAGUGAGACAAGACAGGACAAGACAACUCCCAUGGCUGCUACAGCCAGUAGCAGAACUGAACCCAGACCAGGCUGGGUUGCUUUUUCAGAUGAGGAGUCACAGGCAGAUGAGGACCACCUCCAGCCCUCUUUAGAUCAGCCUGUGCAGGACUCUGCUACUUGGACAGAAAUACCAUGUGUGUCUGGUCAGAAAGCAGAACAGCUGAAUUCCUGGAUUCAGUUUGAUGACAAACCAUGGUCACCCUCUCCUCCCCCGCCAUCACAGGUAAAAGGUCCCAGGCACAGCAUUUGCUCUUCGGCCAGUUUCUGGAGUGCCGUUCCCCCAUCAGAGAGCAGCUGGACCACCCAAUCAGAGGAGCAGAGCUCCGUGAGCAUGGGGGCGUCUUCCUGUGACCUGCCCUCACUUAACACUGAAGAGCCACCCAGUCAAACACCCUCCUGUCCCCACUCUUCUAAUUCUUCUGUGUGCCAAGAGGAUGAAGGAAUGAACAUGGAUUCAUUCAACUGGACAGCAAACAACCAACACACUAAUGGCCAAUCUUAUGUCACCUCCAACCGCUUUGCCAGCUGGGUUACCUUUGAUGAUGAUGAGGACUCAGUUUUCCAACCUCCAGGGAAACAGUCUAAUAUAAAACUGGAUAACCUCAACAAUUCUCCUCUGCAGGAUGCCAACAGCAACCUGAUUUCCUCUUCCUUUUGUGGCCAGAUGACAGAGAGACACAUUCUGGACCUGACCACUGAUGGCACCAAUUCCAUCUUUGAGUUUAAUAACACACUAUCAAACAGCAGUGUCCCUUACAACAAAAAGAACCCUUUCCUGGACGAUGAGCUCUUGAACCUACAACCUUCUCCUAUUAACCCUUUCAGUGCCUAUUUUGACAAAACAGACCAUAAAACGUCCCAAGGCAUUGGCUUGUGUCAGGAGGUAGCAAAUGUGUCCACAUUCAGCUCACCGUUCUUUGAGUAUCAAGAUGCUGAUAUCAAAAGGCAAUCUAUUAUGCUUUUCUCAUCUAAGAAAGACUCUGUUGUUGGAAAAGAUAGUAUCCCAUCAGGCUUUCCUAUAGAUGGUCUGGAUCAGCUCAGGAAUAUUCACAUUUCUGACCCUGACCAUGAUGGUAGUUCUACUGUACCAGAUAGUUCAGUGGAGGAAGUUGAUUCUGAUGAUUCUACCUACGAACCAGACCAUAUGACGCCCAAGGAUGGCUGGCCCAUGCUCCUGCGCAUCCCUGAAAAGAAGAACAUCAUGUCCUCACGUCACUGGGGACCAAUAUUUGUCAGGUUGACGAACAGUGGCCAGCUGCGACUUUUCUAUGAGAAAGGGCUGGAAAAGCCCUUCAAAGAGUUCCAGCUAAACUCCCAGCAUGAGAUAUCUGAACCCAAGCUCCAAAACUACGACGAGAAUGGCCGUGUUCAUACCAUCAGUGUAGACCAUGUGGUUUACAAAGAGAAGAGGAAGAUCCAGCCCAAGGUCACAGUAGUUCAUAUGCCUGUGAGAGAGCAAGCGGUGAAGCUUGGGACAACCAACUAUGAAGACUUCUUGAGCUUUCAACAUGCUCUGCAGGAGAGCCUUGUGGGCCUCCCUGUGGAUCAAGAAGGUCUUAAUUGGCCAACGACUUACACUGAGGAGGAGAUCCACAUGGAGGUGAGGGAUAACUUCUAUGGGAUUGUCUCCAAAGGGGACAGCCGUAUCUUGGAGCAGCUAGUUUUGACCCGAGUGAGCAUGCUAGCCUUCUUGAAUGGAUCUCCACCUUGCAGUAUCGGCCUCAAUGAUGUCCAGGUCAAAGGUAAAGAGGUGGUUUCUCGGCAUGACAUAAUUUCCAACACAACUUCACGUUGGAUUCAAUUGCGGGAUUGUCGACUGCAUGAGUGUGCAGACCAGUUAGAGUUUGCAGAGUCCCAUGCUAUUACGUUUAGCCCACCGGUUGCUCGCCGCUUUGAGCUUUUGCGUUUCCGAACGGCGUUUGCUGAAAAAACCCUUCCCUUCACUCUGAGAACAGUCGCUUCUGUCAAGGGUGCGGAAGUGGAGGUGCAGUCCUGGCUGGUGAUGUCAACGGGAUUUUCAUCCAAUCGGGAUCCUUUAACAUUAAUACCAUGUGAGAAUGUUGCUAUCCAUUACCCCAUACCGGAAAUUUGGGCAAAAAACUUUAAACGGGAGAGUGUGACAGGAGAGAAGUCCCUGAAGGCUCGCUUCAAUAAAGGAGCCAGUUUUGGUUCGACCAGCACGUCAGGGUCCGAACCCGCCAUGAGGGUCACGCUCGGCACAGCGAAAUACGAACAGGCCUUCAGGUCUGUGGUGUGGAGGAUCAGUCGCCUGCCAGACAAGAACUCAGCACUGGGACAUCCUCAUACGUUCUACUGUCAUUUGGAGCUGGGAUCAGAUUGGGAGGUGCCUCCUAAGUUUGAGUGCCUAGUGGAGGUUGAGUUUGACAUGCCCUCUGCUUCUGCGUCCAAAACCACCGUUCGCUCUCUGUCCGUGGGGGACAGAACUGACUUGAAGAAAUGGAUCACCUACAAAUCACAUUUCUCCUAUCAGGUGGCAGUGGAGCAGAAGAAUGAGCGCACAUCAGACAGUCCUCAGGAGCAAACAGGCCAGUGUGCUCAACAGUGAGGAACCAGGAAGAAAGGGCGGUUUAAGGCUUGCACUUGUUGAACGAGAGAAAGUUCAACCCUAAACUGGGGUAGUUUUCGUUUACAAUUUUUAGUUUCCUUUUUGCAAAGAUUACAUCUAAUAUUGAAAUAAGAUUAGAAGUAAGAUUUGAUAUGCAAAAAGGGAUCCCUUGCAACACUACAGUAUAUUCCCAGAUCUCUGAAAGCAUUGCAUAUCCAAAUAUUUCAAGAAUAUGAUUUGUUAUUGCUAUUAAUCGCAUUUUAUGGACAUGGAAAUCUGGCUUUGUCUACAAGGCGAAUAACUUUGUCAUCUCAUAAAGUAAUCUACUUUGCCUAAAACGAUGCAGCUGUUGUGGUUUGUUUUAGCUGCAGAUAACACAUAAAUGUUGUGUACAUUUUUCUGUAUAUUUUGGCCUAUGAAGAGUCAUUUGUGUAGUGUUACCAAGUGAGUUUCUUUUCAUUUAACUUUGUACAGAGGAUAACUAGAGACUAGUUAACUAACACAUUUCAGAGGUUUUUUUUUUUAAAAUUAGAAAACAAACAAGUAAACCUCACUAAAUUCUAAUUACAAAUACAUUUUAGGAAAAUUAAAGGAACCAGUAAUAAUUGUUUACCUUAGAUUUGUUUAUGAGUCUCUUUAUAAAAACACUUUUUUUUAAAUGAAUAUUUAUUAGAAGCAAUGGAAAUUCCAAAUGAAAAUAUGAUUCAGAUUCAAUUAAUUUGUUCACUUUUUUCUUUGGGUUUUGUUUGCCACACACACACACACACACACACACACACACACAUAGAAUCAAAUCUGAGUAGCUGCAAAUGUGCAAAAGUCUUUAAGCAUAGUACUUCAGUGAGGGAAAUUAUUGUGAAUGUAUACUUUGCAUUUCUUGACGGGUUAAUGAGUUUUUAUUUUAUUUUUUUUUUUUUAACUGAGUUUAACCAUUAAAGUGCCCCCAUUAUGGGUAAUGAAAGGUUUAUAUUUUGAUUUUGGGAUGUGGGCUCGGGAAUAGUGCGGUUAGAGGGCGCAUAACGGCAGCAAAGGGGGCGCUCGCAAGCACCCGUUUGAAUGCUGAAAUGACGAAUGUGACGCACUACGGUCUCGUGGACUUAACAGACAUGUGCAUUCGGUGGCCAUUUGUAAGGCCGAAAGUGCAUAUGAAGUGUUCCAUUUGGGACACGGCCAAUUAACUUUCAGAUUUAAAAUUUUGCAGGGUGUUUUCAUUCAAUUAAAGUGUGUUACACACUGUAUGAAAGGUCAUUUUCAAAAAUCCAUAAUAGGGGCACUUUAAGUAGGUUCAAAAGGUGUCAUAAUUACUAAAGAAAGCUUGAACUUUGUAACUACUACUGUCAUUUUUCUUCAUAUUUUUUUUCAGGUUUAUGUUCUGUUGAUUUAACCAAUUGUUGUUGAACUUUUACUGAUAAGUAAUACAUGUUUAAAAAAAUAAUAUUUAAGUAUACAUUUCCCAAAUAAUAUUUGUCCAUUAUUUUUUGUUACAUUUUUAUUUCAUGUUUUGUUGUUUUGGUUUUUGGAGUCACAGUUGAUUUGAUUGUUCAGUGCACAAACCUUGUAUUAAUCAAGAAUUAAUUUGAAAAUGAAAAAUGAAUUUUUUGUAUUAUAAUUUAACAUGAUUACGAUUUAAGAUUGAUCUGUUUUGUCCUGUAAUGCAGAGGAAAACAUUUAAUAGAACUAAAUUGCCUGAUGAUGGAAUCUCACACUGUUAAACA